UAGUGCGGAGUCAAGAUAAUCCAGUUAAAGCAGAUAAUAUAAGAUUAUAAAUGGGUUAUAUAGCUGUGUGGAAGGGCCUUGAGUCUACACUGCCAUAUAAUCUAGUUAAAAUCAGAUAAUCUGUGGAAGAAGCCUAAGUGAGGCCUAAAUCUGCCUGUCCCCUAACUGAAACCUGGCUGUCCCUUGGUUGCUAGGCAACCAAGUGGGCAGAGAUUAGCCCUCUAAACUGGCAGCAAUUGGAUAAAAAAAAUUAUUGCUCUCCCUCUAAUUAGGACUUUAUUUUUCUUUUCUUUUUGUUGUAUCAACAUUGAGGCGUGGAUGAUGGGUUGUGUUGUCAAAUUUUGAGGUUGGGGGGCCUGUACUUUUGUUGUUUUGUGAAUUGCCGUGAUGCCGUCACUCUUUUAUAUAUAUAGAUGUCUUUGUUUUUAUCGUUUUCAGUGUUAAGCAUCCCCAGAAGAAAAUAUUUUGGGUACAGCUUUAUUUUAAUUUGCAACAUCUUUGGUAUUUUUUGGUGGGGAAAUCCACUUUUUUUCUCGGCGUGCUCUCGGGCGCCACCAACCGGCCUUUUGUGGAAAUGGUUGGGAAACGAGAGAGGCGCUCCGGCUCUGCUCAUCCGCGCCCCUGCUGGCCAGUGUGAGAAUUGCAACGGAGGUUUCCCAUCUUCGAUGCACGUGGUCCCCGAACCGGAAGCCGAAGACCAGGUGGCACGAUGGCGCCCACGGGGAAAAUCAACCGGCCUCGGACGGAGCUGCGCAAAAACGUUUGCAAGAGGCGGCGUGUCUUGAGCAAACAGAAGAGGAAAAAACACCGGAUUGUCGCAGCCGUGGCAGACAAAGACCUCAUCACUUCUCACCACCUAAAGAAGCGAUCAUCGAGCGCACGAGCCAAUAUUACUCUCUCUGGGAAGAAGAAGAGGAAGCUGCUGAAGCAAAUCAGCCAUGCCACCAAAGAAAAAAUAACCAUGCAGGUUGACGCCUCACCGGCUCCAAGUACCAAAGCUCAAAAUAGAAGGGAAAAGAAGAACAAGAAGGAAAAGUUAGAAGGCUGCUCUGAUGUAGAAAUGGUGGAAACUGAGCCCACACUGAGACCAGAAAUUUCUCUGUAAUGCCUUCAUGUUCGGUUUCCUUGCUCUUCUUUGCUGACUGUAGCAUGAUGGGACUGAAAGAGUGCAAACCCAAAAAAGCCAGUGGGUUUUGGCCCUUAAACUUUGAAACAACAUGGAUACUACAACACUAUUUCCAGCCUUAGUGAUAUGCAUAAAAAGCACAUUGAUGCAGUUUGUGUGUGCGAGUGCAUGUGCAUAUGCAUGCUCACAGAGCAAUAAUUUCCAACACCAGAAUACAAGAGAAAAGUACUCUGUAUUAUACAAUUAAGAUAAUCAGAUUUUUCUGUUCUUGUGUGUUUCUGAAGCCCCAAAUUUUGUCUCAAUAAAAUGGCAAGAAACCA